AUGGGUGACCAACAGCCCAGCAUCACUGAGAUUCUCGCUGCUCUGGCGGCGCAACGGCCAAAUGCGACUCCUAAUCAGCCCCUACAACCCCCCUACCAACAGCCCCCUCCCCAACAACCACCCCAACCGCAUUAUGCUCCCCAGGGAGCCCAAGGAGGAUACUCUUUGCCGCAGCCUUCCAGCUCUGGUAGCGUCGACCUCAGCAAUGUCAAGCCAGUCAGCUCGGGAACGGUCAGCCUGUCGGAUGCGAUCGUGAAGGCCAAGGCUAUAGCUGCGCAGAAGGGUGUCUCUUACCAGCGACCUCCCUCCUCUUACGGUGCUCCAGCUCCUCAUCAAGCCGGUGGCCGACCAUACCAAGCGUCAAGAUCCCGAUCGCGCUCACCUCCUGCUCGCCGAGAUGCUUUCCGUGAUAAUUUCAACCCAUACCGAGAUGAGAGACGUGGCGAUAGAGCACCAGCUGCUAGAGACUACCGCGAGCGCUCAUAUUCCCCAGGCCUAAGAGGCAGAGCUCCACCGGGCACUUUCUCUCCGGCGAAUAGUGGUGGUGGAGGCAGCGGUUACCCUCGCGAUCGUUCCCCUCCACGAGGUGCCGAGGAUAACCCGGCCGAGUCCAUCAACAUCGAGUCGAACCUGGUUGGCUUGAUCAUUGGUAGACAAGGAGAGAACCUGCGACGAGUCGAAACGGAGACUGGCUGUCGAGUACAGUUCAUUACCGGCCAAGAUGAGAAUGGUCCAUACCGAGAGUGCAAGAUUACUGGAUCGAAAGUAAACCGUGCAAAGGCCAAGGCGGAGAUCAACCGAAUCAUCGAUGACAGUGGAAUGGCUACAAAUGCUCGUGCGGCAGCAGAGCGAGCUCGUGAUGCUCCACCAAUUAGAGGGUCUUCGCACCAGCCUGCCUUGAGAGAUGGCGAGGACAGUAUGCAGAUCAUGGUACCCGACCGAACAGUUGGGCUCAUUAUUGGUCGAGGUGGGGAAACAAUCAGAGAUCUACAAGAGCGGAGUGGCUGUCAUGUCAAUAUUGUAGGCGAGCAGAAGAGUGUCAAUGGCCUCCGACCCGUAAACCUAAUUGGCUCUCGAGAGGCAGCGGCUCGCGCCAAGGACAUGAUCAUGGAAAUUGUUGAGAGCGAUAGUAAGUCAGGAAACAAGGAGCAAGUACCGCCUGCCAGAGCUGCCGGUGGCCGAGAUGCUGGUUACGGUGGUGGUGGCUACAAUGGAGCUUCAGGAGGAGGUGGCGGAGACUCAAGCAAUGACUCGAUAUUUGUGCCCUCCGAAGCUGUUGGUAUGAUCAUCGGCAAAGGCGGAGAGACGAUCAAAGAGAUCCAAAGCACUACCGGCUGCAAGAUUAACGUUUCCCCAAAGCAACCAGGAGAAACCGACCGCGAAAUUGGACUCGUUGGAUCUCGUGACGCCAUUGCCGCUGCUAAGAGGGCCAUUGAAGAAAAAGUUGACGCAGUUGCAGCAAAGAGUGGUCGUGGUGGAGGUGGCGGAGGUGGAGGCCGCCAGAAUGACUAUGGCGGUGACCGAUACCAACAACAAUCGUACUCUCAGCCACAAAGUCAAUCUGCUCAAACAGCUUCUCAAGGAACACCUGCUCCUGGUGGUGAUGAUCCUUAUGCCGCGUAUGGCGGUUACAAUAACUACGUUGCUCUGUGGUAUCAGGCACUUGCACAACAAGGAGGCCAGCAACCUCCAGGAGACCCCUCGAAGCCGCCUGGUACUGCCUAUUGGUCGCUCGAUUUGGAUCAACCGCAGAUGCUAUGCACUCGCCUGAGUAUACAUUUUGUCUUUUCAGGAGUCUUCCGAUCUCUCGAUCUUUCCGCGCCUGUCAAUAAGAUAAGCAUCAUGUUGAACACCUGGAGUAUGCAUGCUACUGAACUUUUGAGACAUCGCUUUUGCCUUGUCUGUCUUGACGUUGCACUUACUGGACAGGAGACCGAUUGA